AUGGCUUCUUCAUUUAUGUACUAUUGGAUUUUUGUUACUAUGUUCUUGAGUUGUUCUGGUGUUUGCAUUUCGAGUGAGAUUGAGUUGGGCUCAAGAUUAUUGGCUAGUAAAAAUCAAGUUUGGGUUUCUGAUAAUGGAACAUUCGCUAUCGGCUUCACUCCAUCAGACGCUGAUAAUCGAUUAUUCACAUUCGGCAUUUGGUUCGCUAGCCUUCCAGGAGAUCGAACUUUCGUUUGGUCACCCAAUAGAAACUCACCAGCAUCUCAAGAAGCAAUUCUGGAGCUUGACACAACAGGAAACCUCGUUCUCGUCGACAAAAAAGUCACCAUAUGGGCCUCAAACACCUCAAAUGCUAAUGUAGAAUCUGCAACCAUGUCAGAAUCAGGAAACUUCAUCCUUCACAAUAUAAACAACCACCCUAUAUGGCAGAGUUUUUCUCAACCUUCAAACACACUUCUUCCGAAUCAGCCUCUAACUGUUUCUUCAGAGUUAACAUCGUCAAAAUCUUCGUCUCAUGGUGGCUACUACGCUCUCAAAAUGCUUCAGCAACCGACUUCGUUAAGCCUUGCACUAACUUACAAUCUUCCAGAAAGUUAUCAAACUUUUGAUGAAAAUGAAUCGUACGCAAACUAUUCUUAUUGGCAAGGUCCUGAGAUUUCCAAUGUAACCGGAGAAGUUAUCGCGGUUUUAGAUCAGGCCGGAAGCUUUGGAAUUGUGUAUGGAAAUUCAUCUGAUGGUGCAGUUUAUGUUUAUAAGAAUGAUAAUGAUGAUGCAGGUUUAGCUUCUGCAGUUCAUCAAUCUACGCCGUUAACCGUUCUUAGAAGACUGACACUCGAAGAGAAUGGAAAUCUGCGGUUGUAUCGAUGGGAAGACAUAAAUGGAUCGAAACAAUGGGUGUCACAGUGGGCUGCAGUUUCAAAUCCAUGUGAUAUUGGUGGAAUUUGCGGCAACGGGGUUUGUAAAUUGGAUAAAACUAAGACUAAUGCUUCUUGCACUUGUUUACCAGGAACUUCUAAAGUUGGAAGAGAUGGACAGUGUUAUGAGAAUUCAUCUCUUGUUGGAAAAUGUACUAAUGGAAAAAACGAAAACACAACAUCGAAUUUUAGAAUUUCAACUGUGCAACAAACUAAUUAUUAUUUCUCUGAAUCAUCAAUAAUAGCUAAUUAUAGUGAGAGUGAUGUUUCUUCUGUAUCAAAAUGCGGCGAUGCAUGUUUAUCAGAUUGUGAUUGUGUUGCUUCUGUUUAUGGACUAAAUGAAGAAAGACCUUUUUGUUGGGUGUUGAGGAGUUUAAGUUUCGGCGGUUUUGAAGAUACGAGUUCUACUUUGUUUGUGAAGGUUCGAGCCAAUAGUUCAUGGACACCAGAAGGACAAGGAAGGUCUAAUAACAGUUCUUCUGAUGGAAUGGGGAGUGCUAAGGAAAAGGCUGUGAUUAUUCCAAUUGUUUUAGGCAUGAUAGUUCUUAUUAUUUUACUCUCUAUGUUACUGUAUUAUAGUGUUCAUAGAAAAAGAACUUUGAAAAGAGAGAUGGAAAGUUCAUUGGUCUUAUCAGGUGCUCCAGUGAAUUUUACUUACCGCGCUUUGCAAAUCAGGACAAGCAACUUUUCGCAGCUUCUCGGAACAGGUGGAUUUGGAAGUGUGUAUAAAGGAAGCUUAGGAGAUGGUACCUUAGUAGCGGUGAAGAAACUUGAUAAGAUUUUGCCUCAUGGAGAGAAAGAAUUUAUCACCGAAGUAAACACGAUUGGCUCAAUGCAUCAUAUGAAUUUGGUUCGUUUAUGUGGUUUUUGUUCCGAGGGACCUCAGAGGCUUUUAGUUUACGAGUUUAUGAAGAAUGGUUCAUUGGAUCAGUGGAUCUUCCCUUCAAUUAGAGGGCGAGAUAGAUUGCUCGAUUGGCAAACUCGUUUCGAUAUAGCCAAAAAUACUGCACAAGGGAUUGCAUACUUUCAUGAGCAGUGCAGAAAUAAGAUAAUACAUUGUGAUAUCAAACCAGAAAAUAUAUUGUUAGAUGAAAACUUUUGUCCCAAGGUAUCUGAUUUCGGACUUGCUAAAUUGAUGGCAAGGGAACAUUCUCAUGUGGUAACAAUGGUAAGAGGCACUAGAGGCUAUUUGGCACCAGAAUGGGUUAGUAAUCGACCUAUAACCGUAAAAGCAGAUGUUUACAGCUAUGGAAUGCUUCUUUUAGAAAUCAUUGGUGGUAGAAGAAAUCUUGAUUUGUCUUUUGAUGCAGAAGAUUUCUUCUAUCCUGGUUGGGCUUACAAGGAGAUGACAAGUGGGUCAACAAUCAAAGUGGCAGAUAGAAGAUUAAAUGGAGCAGUUGAUGAAGAAGAACUAACAAGAGCUUUGAAUGUUGCCUUUUGGUGCAUCCAAGAUGAUGUUUCAAUGAGACCACCAAUGGGAGAGGUGGUGAGAAUGCUUGAAGGUCAAGAAUCAAAUAUCAUAAACAUGCCACCAAUGCCACAAACGGUGCUAGAGUUAAUUGAGGAAGGGUUGGACCAUGUCUACAAAGCUAUGAAAAGAGAGUAUAAUCACUAUAGCUCAUUCACCAUUACAAGUCAUCUUACAUCUCAUGCCACAUGUAGCAAUUCCACAAUGUCACCAAGAUAG